CUCCUCGUAUCAUGUGUGGCUUAACCCCGGGCUGCAGCGCUGUGUCGGUGGUACUGGAGGACCCGGAGCGCUGGAUUCAAGUGUGGGAGCAGGCUGUCGGCGGCUCGGACCCUCUCUCCUCCUCAGCUGGGAUGGGCCGUGGUCUGGAUGGCUGACAGACAGGGUCGUGGACCAAUCACAUGAUAAGAUGCUGGCUCGCAACCGCUUCCUCCUCCUGGUGGUGGUGGGCGGGGCAGCGCUGGCUGUCAUCAGUCUGAGCCUUCAGUUCUUGAACCUGAUCCCCAUCACCCCCAUAGUGGAGGAGCGACCCUUCCAGGCUGAAGAUGGAGGCCAUGGGGCGGCUCUGAGGAAGAGUAGAAAGAGGGUGUUCCCGGUGCCACACACCCAGGAGCCCAACCCUAUAUCUGAGGCUUAUGGCUACUGCAACAAUCCCAACCACACCGAACAGGCCUGGGAGGGUCACAGUCCUGCCGACUACAAGCUGCUGUCUGUCCAGGCGAUGAUUCGCCAUGGAGACCGUUACCCACUCUACUACAUCCCCAAGACCAAGCGACCAGCCAUCGACUGCACCCUGUCCCCCAGCAGGCAGCCAUCCCACCCGAUGCUGAACGCUUUCAUCAGCCACAUGGGCCAAGGAAGCCGAGGCCACUGGGAAUCAUCUCUGGGCUCUGCUCCCCGUCUGCCCAACCACAGCGUCUGUGAGAUGGGAGAACUCACACAGACAGGUGUGGUGCAGCACCUACAGAAUGGGCAGCUCCUCCACCAAGCCUACAAGCACCACAAUCUUCUCCCCUCCAACUGGACGCCUCGCCAGUUGUGGGUGGAGACCACAGGUAAGAGCCGGACCCUCCAGAGCGGACUGGCCUUCCUCUACGGCUUCCUCCCGGAUUUUGAUUGGACGAAGCUGACCAUGCGUCACCAGUGGAGCACGUUGUUCUGCGGCUCGGCCUGUGACUGCCCCGCCAGGAACAGAUACCUCGAGGAGGAGCAGAGGCGGCAGUAUCGUCUUCGGGUGGCCGAUACCGAGCUGGAGAGGAAUUACGCCGACAUGGCGCGGACUUUGGGUCUGCCUACCCGCCAGCUCAGAGCUGCUAACCCUAUAGACUCCCUGCUGUGCCACCUGUGCCACGGCCUGUCUUUCCCUUGUGUUCGCGUGGCGGAGAGUGGCAGUGGUGGAUGUCUGACAAUGGCACAGUUUGCUGUGAUCCGUCGGCAGCAGUUAGAUGAUGAGGUGGAUCGGAGAAGAGUGGGGCUGUACCGUAAAUAUGCCAUCCUGGCUAUGUACCCCUACCUAAACCGAACGGCUGCCAAGAUGGAGCGUGUCGCCAAGAGCAACGAGGCUGGAAGACAGCCUCGAGCAGGCGGCGAGGAGGUCUUCACCGUCUCCUCAGCUCAUGACGUCACCAUGGCCCCGCUGCUGAGCGCCCUCGGCCUGGAGGAGGCCAGGUUCCCACGUUUUGCAGCCAGAGUGGUGUUUGAACUGUGGAAGAGUCCCCCAGCAAUGCAAGGGCAGCUGAAAAAGAAAGCUGGCAAAGCAAAAGACGGGGAACUGUUCAUCCGAGUGCUGUACAACGGCGAGGAUGUAACAUUUCAUACCACCUUCUGUCACUCCCACAACCCUCAUGCCGGCCAACCCCUCUGCCCUCUGAAGAAAUUCCUGUCUUUUGUCAGGAGAGACAUGUUCAGUAUUUUCAACGCCACUACCUACCAAGGCGCCUGCUACAGACGCCCCGGUUGACAGAUGGACAGAUUUACAAGAGGGUGAAAGAGAAAGGAUGAUGAGUUGGCAGAUGGAUGUACUUUUUGUUUUCCACUUUUGAAGAUGGUGCACUUUUAGGCUGCUCACAGUGUCUUAACUUUCCACAUAUUUUGAAAUGUAGUCUUUUAACAUGUUAGUGUUCAGUACUGAACGUUUCCUGCUCAGAGGUCUUCAGAUUCCACCAUUUCUACAAACUUUCAGAAAUACUUUUAUGAAUCUUUAAAAUAUUCUCAAGCAAAUCUGUGAGAGAUAAACAGUUCAAGGGGAGUUGGGCGUGGGGCUGUGCGAUACGACCAAAAUCUCAGAUCGAGACAUAACAAAAUAACAAUUCAUAUUAUUACUCGUCAUACCUUUUCUUUUCUCUGUAUAUUUGGAAGAUGUCAUCACAGAUGUUAAGUUACAAUAUCGGCCGUUCUCUCCAUCCAUCUUUUUGAUUUAUUUAGUAAGUCUUUCAGUUAAGGGUUUGUUUGAAUAAUAAUAAUAAUAACAUCUCCAUAAUGUUGAUAAUCCAUGAAUCUUAUGAAGGUGCUGAAAAAGGUUAGUGGGUUGGUCGUGGGGACAAUUCUGCGUCAUCAUUUGAGAGCGGUUCUCUGUUCCAUGUCUGAUUCCUCACACCUUGUCCACAGCCAUGCUUCACAGGCCACAACUACUCUUUCAGGUGUGAGCUCCUUUUUUUAAAUUCUUGGCUGGUCGAAGUCCUCCUCCUCCUCCUCUUGUCCACAAACACCCCGCUCUGCGUCAUGAUCCCUCUCCUCCGUGUUUGUUUGUGUUGCCUUUGUUCAGAUUUCCUGCCCGCAUCCGUGCAGUUACAUUUUUUUUUAGCAUAAUAUAAUAUGAUAGAUAUUUUUCUCAUGUCACACAGUAUUUAUCGUCACAUCGCACAGCCCAGUCGUACGGCACUUAGCCACUUUAUUCCUACAUUCCAUAAUACCAUGGAUUUGUAAAGGUAUUCCCAAACGCCUGCAAAUAAUAAGGGAAUAACCAAGCUGGAAAUACUAUGCUGUAAAAAACAUUUUUGGAAAAUAUUUUAUGAUAUAAUAAUCUUUUCAAUGAAAAUAAACAUUUGGCUAAUUUGGACCAAAUUACUUAGUAUUACUGACUUCUUUGAUACUUCAUUUGUCAAUUUAGUAUUUCUUUGAGUAUUAAUAACCGUGGUUGCAGUAGCUGUUUUCAUUACAGUAUUGUUGUUUAUUGAUAUGGAUAUUUUUUCUCAACUUUCUUCAAAUUGGUUAUGGUACUGUCACAUGAUCAGUGUUUUUUCGUACAUUAAUCUACUGCUGCAGAACAUUUGUUUAUGAUCUUUUUGAUAGAACUGUUCACAUUCCGAUGUGGUUGUUUGUUGGGUACUAAAUCUAACCCUGAUCCACGGUUAUUUUCUACUGUAAAGCACAUACAGUCAAAUAAAUACCUUUGUCUUCA